AUGAGUGGCAAGCGGAAAGCUCAGAAGCGAAAGAGCAAGGCAAAGGAAAGUGGCGUGGAUGAUUUCGAUGAUCUUGUCGAGAACGCAAACGAUGACGGAUGUGGGUUGUCGAGGAAGUAUGCAACAGAUAUUAUCAGACUUAUCAAGUGCCAUUGGAAGCCGUUGAAUAAAGUUGCGGCUGAGUUUAUUGAGAUCUUCAAAGAGCGAUGUUCUUUAGUUGUCGGUAUGGCGCUGCUUGCUAUCUACGAUGACUUAGCUCCUACGGAUGAUAUCGCUAGCAAGAUUGUUACCGUUUAUUUAAUUUACAGGGUCCGUGACGUCGAGGUAGCUCUUCGAAGACGAAAUCCAGGUGGUAUCGAUGACAUUCUUGGACAUCCGUUCAUGUCGUUCUUUCUCAACCUGGUGGAGUCGAAAGUGGUCGACGAAAUUUGUGUGUCUUAUCCACUUCCGAUUGGGAUUGAACGUUCUAUUGUGUUGCGGAUUCUUAAUGGAAAAACCGAGUUUGCCAAUAUGAGUGCUAUCGAUCUUCUCGCCGGUGGAGCUUUAAACGAUAGCAAUUUAAGCUUUUCCGAAGCAGAGAGUUAUUAUGUAAAACAAUCGGCGCGAUGGCCAGAACACCUUGAUAUGGUCACCAUCCCCGCGAUUCUUCCUUUUCCCGAUCCCGAGGACAACAGUCUUCAUGACUUAACACAGGAUGCCCUUCUCAUAUCGUUAAUGGAGCGGAUAUCUUGCGAACCAUUGAAACAACUCCCGUUUAAAACCACACCAUUGAUGCCACCACUCUAUCCUAUUCAACCCAUUGAACUGGGAUGCGAUGACAACGAAAUUUUGACGAGCAAGGUACCCGGUGUUGCUUCACUCAAUCCUAAUCCUUCGGCGGAGAAGACAUCAGUACCUAGCGAGAGUGCCACAAUAUUGAUGGCAUCCAGUACCGUAGAAGAGCUCAGUGUGGAGCAGAUGGGCGAAAUCACACGAAGAUUGCUUGAAGGAAAGUCGCUAACGCAAUUCGAAACGAAACAGAUGCUGAAAUCUUUGGAAGAUUCGUGUAGCAGCCACAAAUAUAUCAAUCUGUUUUCACGAUUGACUGACUCUGAGCUCUCCAGGCUAAUCGAUUUUAACGUUAAAAUCGCAAUUGAAAUAGUCGACUUGUGCGUGCUAGCAGAUGAAGCAACUGCACUUAGAAUUAUGCGAAUAGUACAAGGUAUGGAUGUAACUGUUCAGUGUAUGGAAGUUGUCACUCGACUUUAUCAGGAUCGCCCUCAACUUCCAAGAGAACCACUCAAUGAUUACGUACGUUACUGCGUUCGGCAUUGCUUGGAUGCGACACCAUCUUCAAAUCUAAAUCGUGUGGUUCGGCUUGUAGCAAUAACUUUGAAAAAUCUUCUCAAAAGUGGCAGCAUUUCAGCAACACCAGUAUUCCGGCAGUCAUACUUACGUGCUAUUAUGCUAGGAACACAGAAGUGUGCCAAGAUAAACUCAGUUGAAGUGGAUAUUAAACGACGACAAAAUGAGAAAGAACUUGGAAAGAAAGCUGUUGAACGAUGGGAAUGUAUAUUAAAAUAUCUGGCACUGCCUUCCGAGAAGAACAUGAGCUCUGUGUCAUCUACUACACGUGAGUUGUUUUCUGCGGCUGGAUUCACAAAUGAUCAUGAUGCUUCGGCAGAUCUCGAAAUAACGUCGGCCGGCUUCCAGUUUUUGUUACUCAGUCCUGUUCAACAGGUUUGGACCUACAUGAUUGAAUAUCUAAAGCUAGAAACGGCUAAAGGUUGCGAUAUCAGACCAAUUCUAGACCUCCUAAUCAGGGUGAUAAUAUGUGUUGUUAGAGGGAGUAAUUUCUCUCACAGAGCUUUCGAAAUAAGUACUAAUUGGACCAACGAUCAGACAACUCUCUUGAUGCACAUGCGGGAACUAGGUCUCAUUUUUAUUAGGAAAAGGAAGGAUGGGUAA